AUGGGGGAGCGGUAUUACUGUGACCGGUCCUUUCAGGACAACAUGCAUAACAGGAAAAAACACCUGUACGGUGUUCAACACUACAGAUCUAAAAAGGCCUGGUUUGACCAUUUCAGAGGUAAGUAAUUUCAUUUCCCAAGAGUUUCAGUCCAACAUAGUUGGGGCCUGGGUCUGAAGAAACAUUGUGUUGGUGCGCUCAAGUUGGUAAAAACUAUACGUUCAUGGAGACUUUGAAAAAGGGUUGUAUAUGGACUGGCAGAAAAAACAAAGGGGAUGAUGGCCAUCGCUUGGUAAACAAAACAUUAUCGUGGGGCUUACUUUUCCCAUCAAUUCACUUUUGAAGAACAGAUGAAGGAACUUCUUGAUUUAAAAAGGCUUUUAAUUACUUGGCAUUUUGAUAGACAAGCAGGACCAACGGCAAGUCGCCAAUGUGUUUUCAGAAUCACGUUUAUUGUCCUACAAUAGGAAAAUCUUGGCACAGCUCACACAUUGCAUACACAAAACAUAUAGAUAACGAACCAGGAAACUAACAGUCAGACAUGAAUAGUACUCCCCCACCUGCCCAUAGGAGGAAGCUACAUGGAAUGUGUUUAGGCUUGGUUUCCUUCAUCAGAUCAGGGCAUAAAGGUUUGACACAGUAACCAAUCAGAAGACGUAAUAUAAUUACAAAAUAACAGCAUAAAGAGAUGGUUGGGGUUAAAUUCAGAAUGAUGUGAUCAAAUACAAUUCAGUUCAAGCCCUUUUCUAAAAAGAGUUGACAGUGACCCUAUCUCUGCAGUCCAUUGUUUUUAUCAUCUGACACAUACUUGUGGUAAUAGGCUGUAGAUUUUAGUGUACAUUUACAUCAUUUAGCAGACGCUCUUAUCCAGAGCGACUUACAGUUAGUGAGUGCAUACAUUAUUAUUUAUUUUUUUUCAUACCCCCCGUGGGAAUCGAACCCACAACCCUGGCGUUGCAAACACCAUGCUCUACCAACUGAGCUACAUCCCUGCCAGCCAUUCCCUCCCCUACCCUGGACGACGCUGGGCCAAAUGUGCGCCGCCCCAUGGGUCUCACCCGGCUACGACAGAGCCUGGAUUCGAACCAGGAUCUCUAGUGGCACAGCUAACACUGCAAUGCAGUGCCUUAGACCACUGCGCCACUCGGGAAGCCAGUGUACACAUUAUGACACCUCUUCUCUCAUCACAGAUACAGCAGCCAUCCUGUAUGAUGAACAGACUAAGAAACCCUGCAGGAAGUUUCAAAAGAUGAGUAAAGACUACAAUUAAAGAUACAAGGAACAUGUCAUGAAUGAAUUAAAGACCCUUACAAUUUAUCUGUGUGUAAUGCUUAUAUUUUUGUCCUUUGCGUCAGGCCAGUGUGUGUUUGGCAACAAAUGCAGAUUCUCUCACAUGUCAGAGGGACAUGGAGAACCUAAAAAUGCAGAUUGAAGGUGACUUGUUUCCACAAGAUGGCACUGUCUGCCAUGGACAUGGUCCUCAUAUGGAGGGUAUUCAUUUAUGAGCAAUGGUGUCGUCGUCGUUUUAGUUAUACCUUGCAUGAUGAUAAAACAUUUUUAAAGUACAAUUUACAUCAUUAUGGUGGCAAGUUACUUUGGUGUUUGAAUUAUGAACACACAAUGCCACUCUGUUCAUUUAGGUGGUUCAAUGAAAUCCCUCAUAGUCUUUACUAAUUUCGCUCAGAAUUCAAAGUUACCAUGGUGAUUGUGUUAAUUAGAUCCAUAUUAAGGGGUGCAGUCUAAUCUCUAGAUGAAAGACGGAGCAGAGAGGACCUGGAGCACAGAGCAUCCCCUGAGCAGAGCAUAGAGGAGUGGCUCACUAGGAGGGAGAAGAAGAGGGCCGCCCUCAUCAGUGGAAGGUACAGAAUGAAUCAAUGGUCAAAGGCUGUCAGUACUUACAUACAGUGCAUGCUAGUGCUAAAGUGUUAUUUUCCCUUGCACAGAGUCAGAUUUCAUACAGUCAGUGUGAAGAUGGCUUUUCCUCUUUUUCCUUUUCCUAAAAUUGUUAAUCUAUUUUACUCCCUUAAGUGUUUUGAAAGAGGAAGAUGAUGAGAAUCAACCAGAGAAUGAUAUACCGCCACAUUUCCUCACCAUUCCUGACCUCCGUCCCUCACUUUUGUCGCCUCCCCCUAGUGGAUAGAAAGUCAGUCAGAACUGAAUGGGGUUAAUUAAAGCAGGUUCACCAUUUUUUUCUCAAAGUUCCAUGUGGUGAUGCAAGAACUGAUCAUUUCUUUUUAAUAGACCUCAAACUUUUACUUGAUAAAAGUGAGUGAAUUUUUUAUCUUCAUAUUUUAAUUGAGUUUCUUCAUUACAGACUACAUUAGUCUUAUGAGUUAUGUGCAUGCAGACUUGUUGAGUAAGUCCUUGCAUUCAAGAAAAUGUAUUAUGAAUUAGAAAUUUGCAGAAUGUGAGGUUGUAAUGCUUUUUAAAUGAUGACCUCAGGAAAGCGGCAGAACUGGAAUGGCUACCAUUUAUACAUUUUGAAAAACACUUUUUGUUAUCAAGGGGAAUGUGAUUUCCUUCCCUCCACAUAUUCUUUAUGAGGGUAAAGUGGUUUGUGUAUGUUGGGAAGAUUUAUUUCGAAUGGAUGGAUGUUGCAGCUUUACCUCGUCACUGAGCAUGGGGGCCAUUUUUGUAAAAACAUGGUUUUUGUGUUCCUAUCUUCAGGUAAUAAAAUAGUGUUUUAACUGGACUUUGUUUCCCCACUUUUCAUUUUUUAUGGGAUAAUAGAACAAGUGGUAUUCAGGACCUUACUUCAGUGUGUUAAUGGAGCCCUGUCAGUAUGUGCCACACAACUGAGGGCCAGACCAGACCGUGUCUUGGCAGGAUGUCACAUCACCAUGUGACAGGGACCCUUUGCCAGCAGCAUCUGCCUUUCCUGUGGCAGUGACACAGAUUGAAACCCAAACCGCUACACCCUAGAAUAACAUUUUCAAUUGGUUUCAGAUUGCCUCUGAGGGAGAUGCCAGGGCAGGGCUCCUUACCUGGUUGGUUGGCCAGCAGUGUGAGUACCUCCUCUACUCUGAUGAAUAUUAUGGCCAUGCUGGCUGUAUUACAUCUCUGGGCUCUGUGA